GAAAUUUAAUUUCAUGUCCAGAAAUCUUCUCUCGAAGCAACCAAAAUUUCAAAAUGGACGAGGAAAAAGACAAGCUAUCCAGAAGUCUUGUCGAAAAAGAAAUAUUUCCAGAAGACGACCAACCCAAACCCAAGGAAUUGCUCGAGAAUGUCAAAGAUUCCUCGGAUCGAUAUCUCACGGGAUGGAGACUUACACUCGUAACAAUAUCUCUAGUCCCAGGAAUGUUCCUCAAGGGCGUUGACAGUAGUGUCAUUGGCGUAGCCACUCCUGGAAUCACAACAUCAUUCCACACGAUCGAUGACCUUGCCUGGUAUGGUUCCGGUUAUAUGUUACCACAUUCCACUCUUCAGCCUAUCCUUGGUGCAUUCUACAAAUCUUUCAAUGUCAGAUAUGUUUUCUUGAUAUCGAUUGUUAUAUUUGAAGUUGGGUCUUGUCUGUAUGCUGCUGCACCUACGUCUGCAGCUUUUAUCAUCGGUAGGGUUAUAGCUGGAUGUGGUGCUGCUGGAUUACUUCAAGGAACACUGGCAAUUGUUGGGCUAUCUGUUCCUAAGAGAAAGAUCCCUCUAUAUUAUAGAUAUGUGCUUAGUGUGCAAGGAGUCAGCGCCUGUACUGCUCCUAUCUUUGGCGGGACAUCUACAGAUAAAUUGACAUGGCGAUGUAUUGUAUAUCCUAAACCAGCUAGAAACUUGCCUAUAGGCGGUGUUGCAUUAGCAAUGGUGAUGCUAUUCGUAAAACCAAAAUUGUCAAAACAAGCCAAAGACAUCAGAUCACUACCUCCCCUUCAAAGAUUAAAACGCAUGGACUGGGCUGGAACCAUCAUUUUUCUAAGCGCCUUUUAUUUACAAUACAUACCAAUAUAUUUCCAAGCUAUACGCGGUACAUCCGCAUUACAUGGUGGAGUUCGGAUGAUAGCCAUUGAUGCUGGAAGGAUCGUUUUCAUUAUUAUUUUGAGCAUCCUAGUUACCAAAUUUGGACAUUAUAUGCCUUACAUGACCGACGGAACGAUCAUUACUGCGAUCGCCGCAGGUUUGUUGACAAUGUUUGAUAUUGAUACCUCGACAGCUCGCUCAACAGCUUUCAUGUUUCUUGCUGGAGCUGGGGCCGGAACAGGAGGCAAUCAGCCUUUUACUGCAUUAUAAGCUGCAUUGAAGUACGGAUCUUCCAGAUUUCUAUCUAAGAUUAUAUGCUGACCAUAAAAGAGAAGAAGACUUGUCCAUUAGAAAUGGCUUAACAGUAUUUGGUUUGCAGAUGGGAACGUGAGUUACAGAAAUCCCAACAAUUCGAAUAUUGUACCACGCA